UAUUUUCAAACCACUUCCUCUGUUUAUCGCGGGAAAUACAGUUGCAAGUUCUUUCAGAUGUGCGCUAGCUUAUUUUUUAGACGAAAUGGACCCUUCGGAGGUGGAAUUCCUAGCUGAGAAAGAGAUGGUGACAAUAAUUCCCAAUUUCAGCCUAGAUAAAGUCUAUCUGAUCGGGGGUGAAUUGGGCCCUUUUAACCCUGGAUUGCCUGUGGAUGUGCCUCUCUGGCUGGCUAUAAACUUAAAGCAAAGACAGAAAUGUAGAAUUGUUCCUCCUGAAUGGAUGGAUGUAGAAAAACUGGAAGUGAUCAGAGAACAAGAGAGAAAAGAAGACACAUUUACUCCUAUCCCCAGUCCAUAUUAUAUGGAGCUCACAAAGUUGCUGCUCAAUCAUGCUUCUGAUAAUAUUCCAAAAGCUGAUGAAAUCCGAACACUAGUAAAAGACACUUGGGACACUCGUAUCGCAAAACUCCGUCUGUCAGCGGACAGCUUUGUCAGUCAGCAAGAAGUGCAUGCCAAGCUGGACAACCUGACGCUGAUGGAGAUUAACACAAUUGGGACUUUCUUUACAGACUCACUGAAUAACUUGUUUAAAAUUCGUGCAAACUUGCAGCCUAGAGGAGAGAGCACCAUGUCCCAAGAAUACUAGAGACAUUUCUUCCACAUUGAUUGGCUUGUUGCAUCCCGGACACUUCAGUGCCAAAGAAAAUAAAGUCAUGUUUCUUAUUAACUGGCUAAAAGAGGAACUAGACUUUGCUGACUUGAUCAGGAUAAGUAAACAAUACUGAUUUGGGUUUGCAUUAACAUAAGAUAACCACAAAAGUUAAAUUUAAGAAGUUAACCUUUUUAAACUUUUAACCUUCAUUUCAAAAGGUGGAAACCAUUUGCAGCUACUGGUUUCGGAGCUGUCUGUUUUGAUUUGGUUUCCAGUAGAUCCCUGCCAUUUUAUGUGAAAAAAGGAAACAUACUGAUUUUUUUUGUAUUUACCAUAUAUUUUUUCUAUACAUAUGCAAAUUAAAAAAUAAUCUUAAUGCUUUCUAAUUUGGCAGAUUAUUGAUUCCUUUUAAUCUUGACUAAUUUAGGAAUGCAUUGAUUACAUACAGCCUUUUUUAGAAUAAAUAUUUCAAUAUAACACCUUUUGACUGGGUGCAGGAAUGACUGCUCACUGAAAGGAUAAAAGUUGGAACAGCAACUGGGUCAUCCUGUUUGAUUGAACAAAGUCCCAACGAAAAGCAUUUCUCUUGGAGUUUGUACGAGUAGUCCAUGGAUUAAAUAAUACCAAAAGCUUUCGGCUCCUAGCCACA